AUGAGCUCCUUCCUCAUGAACGGCGGGUAUCAACCGCAGCCGGACCCCAAGUUCCCGCCAUCCGAAGAGUACAGCCAAGCGGACUAUAUACCGCCAGGGGAAUAUUACCAACACCAACAUCUCCAAUAUGGAUAUCAGCAUCAGUACGCGCCCGUCCAAAUCGGCACAGGUUACGGGUACGGAGGAUAUUAUCACCCGUUACCUCAGCAUCCUCCAGUUGCUCCCCCUCCGAGACCGCCGGAGCCAUCGCAUCCAUCAGACGCAGACCAUGGAUACGUUCCUUCUCACAACGGGGAAGUUGCCCCAGGCCUCGCUGAGCUCGGCUUAAGACUAGAAAGGCAUAUAGAAGAAGCGGCGCCUGCUGGAAGAAAACUUCAUGCGUUAGGAAGAGAAGGCUCGCCCGUUUCAGAAAUGGACGAUGAACGGUUACUUUUAGACAGUCCACCAGUUGAAGAUGACGAUUCUUCAAUAUGUUCGGAUAAUACUGACAGGGUUAUUUAUCCGUGGAUGAAGAAGAUCCACGUUGCUGGGGCAUCUAACGGCUCCUUCCAGCCGGGGAUGGAACCGAAACGUCAGCGUACAGCGUACACGAGACACCAGAUACUGGAGCUGGAGAAAGAGUUCCACUACAACCGGUAUCUAACCAGAAGAAGACGAAUAGAGAUAGCGCACACACUAGUCUUGUCGGAGCGACAAAUAAAAAUAUGGUUCCAAAACAGACGGAUGAAGUGGAAGAAAGACAACAAACUCCCGAACACCAAAAACGUGAGGAGAAAAACGAAUCCGGCUGGAGUAACCACGACCACGGCUAAAGCCACACCAAAGAGUAGAUCAAAUAAGAAUACGAAUAAUAAUGACAAAAAGAAGUCUAAUAACAACGGUAGGCCAGACAGUAUAGAGAACGUUACUGACAAUAUAAUGAAUGACUUGCAUUGUGUCGGUCAACAGAAUCUGUCGCACGAUCCGGCAAUUAGUCCGAUGUCGCAUGCGAAUCAAAUGAGUGCUGGUCAUCCAAUGACGCCGCAUCAUCUUCACAUGAUGGGUAUGCACGCGGGCAUGGAUCCAGCUAUGGUUGCCAAUCUCGCAGCACAUGGCUCUCCAGUUGGUAACGCUGGUUGUGGUACAGGAUUACCAACCAACCAGCCAGUCAUAAAAUCAGACUACGGUCUCACCGCCUUAUAA